CACAGCUGUGCGCACGUCGCAACCUCUCAUGUAGACCCUCGCGACCACAACAUACCCUCCAGAACAAGAAACGGACGCAAGAUAUUGUCACGUUUGCGCUUCUCAAAACAUCGCAGCUGGACCCUGUUUGAUUAUCAGAAUACGGAGCAGCAUCCCGUAUUGAAAUGGAGCCAAUUGCUGACCAACUGAAAGGCAACUCCGUUCUCGGUGAUGAGAGGAAGAAGCAGCUGGGGGAGUUCCUGCAGCCCCUGGUGCUGACGCAGGAGGUGAUCGAGAGAAUUAUGGCCGGCAUGGAAGACCACAUCAAACUGGCCAACAGCCCUGACCGCAGUGUGCGUGACAAGUCGGACGUCCUCAUGGCCAACACGCAUGUUCGGUGCUUGCUGGAUGGGAAGGAAAAUGGUACUUACUUAGGCCUAGAUCUCGGUGGGUCAAACUUCCGCGUGGUGAAAGUUAUAUUCACAAACGGUGAAGCAACAACCACGACCAACUACUACACUUUGACCGAUGAAGUCCGGAGUGGACCUUGUGAUAGAAUAUUUGAAUUUAUCGCCAUUAGUAUAAAAGAUUUCCUGGAGAAGGAAGGUUUGGCAUCUUCAGCAAACAAAAUCCUUCUAGGGUUCACCUUCUCCUUCCCAACGGAACAAUAUGCCCUGAACAGGAGCAAACUGCUGACCUGGACAAAGACCUUCAAGAACCCGGACGGUCCUGGUCGGGACCCAGUGCAGAUGUUGGAGCAGGCCAUACAGAAGGAGACGCCGGAUCUGCCUGUGGAUGUUGUGGCAGUGAUGAGUGACACCACCAGUACACUAAUGGCAGGAAACUACCUUGAUAAGAAGUGUCGUAUAGGCCUUAUACUGGGUACUGGUUUUAAUAUAGCGUUUGUUGAGCAUGUGAAGAACAUAGAGAAGUGGACUGGAGACGACAAGGAGCCAAAACAUGUCCUAGUGAAUAUAGAAAACGGCUCACUGGGGGAUGGAGGCUCUUUGGACUUCUACCGGAGUGAGUUUGAAAAGGAAGUGGACAAGCACUCAAAUCAUCCCCACUCGUUUACGUUUGAGAAGUCGUUCUCAGGCCACUAUCUCGGGGAGCUUGUGAGGCUGGUCCUUGUCAAGCUGAUUGAUCGGAAGUUGUUGUUAGGGGGUGCUACUUCACCACAGAUCUUGGAGCGAUGGGAGUUUACAACUACAGAUGUUACGAAGAUUGUUUGUGAUACGGAAGGUGACUGGAAGAACACCAGAGAUUUUCUGAGCAGGAUGGGUCUGAAUGACAAGGCCACGGAUGAGGAUGUGGAAGUUAUACGACAGGUGGCGCUCUUCAUGUCCAAGAGAGGGGCGCACAUCGUGGCAUCAGCUCUAGCCGUAUGUGUCCGUCACGUGAAUCUCCCAGAGGUGACGGUUGCCAUCGACGGGUCCGUAUAUGAACAUCACCCGACAUUCCACCCUGACAUGACAGAUCUGCUGGCAAAACUGGCCCCGCAGAGCAAGGUCAAACUUAUCCUGGCCAAGGAUGGAAGUGGACAAGGGGGAGCGUUUGUAGCCGUGUCAGCUCUCAGACAGCGGGACCUCAACCUCGUCAGUGCCUAAACAACUGUGCAUACACAACAGAUUCACUUAAACGGGGUAUAAAUCAUGUAACUCUGGAAAUACUUCAGUACUGCUGGUAAAAAUUCUACCAGGAUCCAAAGUUGCUGAUCUGUUUAUGCUUAACAGGAAUGUUUCAAAGUUAGGUGAUAUUUUAUUUCCUUUUUUUCCAUUUAUUUCAUUUUGAAAGAAUAUUAAAAUUUAUAAUCAUGGCUCACUUUUUUUUAUUGAAACUGAUGUGUGAAAAUGAUUUUGAAUAUUUGAUUUCAUUCGUUAUCAGUUUUGCUGCUCCAUAGAGGUACGACUCACAAUGAACCGCAUGGAUGUGUUUGUACUGUCCCUGUGCCUGGAUUAAUCCUACUUUUCAUUGUGGCAGCUAACACCUUGUCUACAGGGCUAACUGUCCCCAGCUCUUAAUUUCAUGUUUGUCAGUCACAUUGGUAUGAAUCAAUCAUAUAACAGAGGCAGCAAGACUUAUUUAUGUGAUGUACAGACACUUGUAUUAAGAACAGAGUCUUCAGCUGAAGUCUUCUCUUUGUUUUGUGGACAUCAUGUAUGUGGUCAUCAUGUAUGUGGACAUCAUGUAUGUGGUCAUCAUGUAUGUGGUCAUCAUGUAUGUGGUCAUCAUGUAUGUGGUCAUCAUGUAUGUGGACAUGUAUGUGGUCAUCAUGUAUGUGGUCAUCAUGUAUGUGGACAUCAUGUAGUGGGGUGAUGGGUACAAUGUGUGAAGCCCAUUUCUGGUGUCCACUGCUGUGAUAUUGCUGUAAUAUUGCUAAAAGCGGUGUAAAACCCAACUCACUUACUGUAUUAGAACUGAGUAUUACCUGGUAACUAUACGAUAUGGGCUGACAUGGCUAUUGGUUUCACAACACACCACAAGAAAAUGUAUAUUCUCCUUCCUUAGAACUCCGACUGCUAAAUGGCUCACAAGAACUUAUGCAAAUAAAUUGUUCAUUUUGUAA